GCGCGAUUUCUGUCGCACAAACACACCGAAGGAGGCAUUUAGUCAACAACAGUGGAGGAAUCGUCCUCUUAAAUGUAUUAAUUGUGGCUCGGAGAUGGCGCUCUCCUCCUCGCAGCAGCUCGUCAUGGCGUUCACGGCGGUGCUGCUGGUGUUUGUGUUAUUCCCGCGGAUGUUCGGCGGCGGAGGAAGCAGAGACGGCCAGCCGUUCGAUCCGCGGAUCAGCAGUGGAGGUCCUGGUUCUCAGCAGCAGAUCCACAGGAGCGCUCAGAGCCUGGAGAACAUGCAGCAGAUGAAGAAACUCAUGGAGCAGGAGCUGAAGAGCGACAAAUACAAACCCAGCAGCAAUAAGGGCUAUGUCUUCACCCUCAUGCCCAUCUACGCCAUCGGUGUCGGGCUUUUCGCUGCGUAUAAGUUUCUAAAGAUAAAGUCUGCAAGCGAUUCUGAAGCUCAAAAAGCCAAAACAGCUCGAGGAGUGAAGAAAUCCGAGGAGACAGAGAAUCAGCUGAAUGAGCUGGAGCAGAGAUUGGCUCAGACCGAGAAGAUGCUCAGCUCCAUCCUGACCCAGCUGGACCCGCUUACCAACUGUGUGAAGUUUGUUGCCAUGGAGCAGAAGAGCGAGAUCAUGUCGCAGCUGCAGUGCAUUCGGCAGCUAAUGAAGAAGAGAGGCAUGAAGUGUCCAAACAUCAGGAUAGAAGAGCCGACAUGUGAGCGCAACAUAGACAAACUCAUUGAGACUUUGGCCACCGCCGAGACGCUUCCAGAAACUCACACUGAAGCACAGCCUCAUGAUCACCGAGAGCUCAGGCCUAUGUCUGAGUCUGAGGAAGAGGAGAACAGAGCUGCGGCGGGAGAAGAAGAGGACGUGGGAAGCGAGAGUGACUCGAGUAUGCCUUCCCUCGAGGACUCUGCUGACAUCAGUGUAGAUGAUGUUACAGUCACUCACAAUCAUCCAGAAGAUCUGACAGCUGGAUUACGAAGACGCAACAGGCCAGAGUAACUGUGACGAGAAUCAGACGCAAAUCUAUUUAUAUAUUUAUUUUAUUGCUUGUAAUGAAGCAGUCAACACUACUUACUGGUUUCAAUGCCUACGUCUACAUAUUUUACUGCAUUUGAAGUUAAUUGAAAUCAAAAUCCACUUUUUUAUCCAGAAUUUUAUUAUUAUUAUUAUAGUAAUGUUUAUAAAAGAAGUCGCUUAUGUUUACCAUGGCUGCUUGUAUUUGAUCAAAAAUGCUGUCAAAAUUGUGAAAUAUUAUUGCAAUUUAAAAUAGCCGUUUCCCAUGUAAAUAUAUUGUAAAAUGUGAAUUAUUCCUGCGAGGCAAAGCUGAAUUUUCUUCUUCUUUUUAUUUCAUUAGUCUUUUUUAAAAUCUUAUUUGUGCUAAAAGUUUGCAUUGUAGCUUAUUAUGGUUACCACAAAAUAUUAAGCAGCAGAAAUUCAGCUUUGCAUCAGAGGAAUAAAUUAAAUUUUUAAAUAUAUUCGUGUAGAUGACUGUUAUUUUACAUUGUAGUAAUAUUUCACAAUAUUACUGAUUUUACUGGAUUUUUUAAAUCAAAUAAUUAAUCAGUGAGGUUAUUCCAAAGCAGAAAAUGUCAUUUUAUUUGUUUAUUUUUAUCACAGUGUAAUAACUUGCUGACCUCAUCAAGGUCAUGUGAGUAGGGAAAAUAAUAUCAAGGCUGCUAUCUGCCUUUUGUGGAUUGUGUGUCAUUUGCAUGUUUGCAGUGUCCUCUGGAGGAGGUUUAUCACAGCUGCAUGAUUCUGGUAAGACAAUAUGCUAUGAUGCUUUUCAGAUGUAAGGACCUCAAACGGGAGGUUUUUAGAGAGGCAUUAAAGCUUUGAGCUUUAGUUUUAUAAAAAAAUUUAGAGCUUGAAUCAAAUACCAAACACUUAAUGUGAUCGUACGUGAGAUGAUGUUCAUGCACGCUGUUGCAUUCUGUGCCACUUUUCUCAAAUGUAAUGCUUUUAUAAAUCUGCUUUUCACAGCCUGA